AUGUCAGCAGAUAUUUAUGCCAAACCAGAUAUGUCAAAGAAGGUGAGAUACAACAGAAAUGUGCAGGAAGACAAAGAAGAAUGGGAGGAGAGGGAGGUGGAAAUAUACGAGGCUGUAGACGCUAUCGGGGAUGAUCACACUGAUAAUCAGCCACACGGAGGAGGACCGCACACUGAGAGGCAUCCUCCAGCCAUCCAAUGGAGGCCUUUCAGGGCUGCAGCACUCUGUCUGGCAGUGCUCUGCUUUCUGAUGAUAACUGGAAUCAUCAUCCUUUCUGCAUACUAUAAUCUAGUCACUUUGGAGAAAGACCAGCUGCAGACCACAUACGACCAACUGAGCAGCAACUACAGCCAGAUCCAGAGGAAAGUUUCUGAGAAGUGGUGUCCUGACGGAUGGAAGAGAUCUGGAUGCAGUUGUUACUUUAAAUCUGAGGAGAAGAACUAUUGGACUGGAAGCAGAGAUUACUGUCAGAAGAGAGGAGCAGAUCUGGUCGUCAUAAACAAUGAAGAGGAACACAAGUUUGUCACUGAGCUGAGUAAAGAUGGAGAGUACUGGAUAGGUCUAUGGGAAGAACGGAGAAAUGGAGAAUGGGAAUGGGUCGACGGAUCACCGCUGACAGAAACGUGA